UAUUUUGAAGUCGAACCGCAUAUUUCCCCGGUUGUUUGGUAUUGUAGCUAACUUCACACAGGUGAGUUACAUUCAAUUCCUGCUGCGAGUCACAGGCACGCCUUUACAACUCGGGGCCACUUGUUUUCUGUAUGAGAAGUACUGCUGCAGCAGGAUGCCAGGCAAGGCAGCAGACACGUUCCAACCUGGGGACUUGGUCUUCGCCAAGAUGAGGGGCUUCCCCCAUUGGCCGGCCAGGAUCGCCCGGGGCGAGAGCUCUAAGAAGAAGGUUCCAGUGUUUUUCUUUGGAACUCACCAGACAGCAUCCAUACCCACUGAAAAUAUAGUGACCUACGUAGGCAACAAGGGCAGAUAUGGGAAAGGAGUGCGCAUUAGAGGUUUCACAGAGGGAAUGUGGGAGAUAGAGAACACUCCUAGAGUAUGCAGCAAACAGAAGGUGGGUGUUACCCCAGCUAAAAAAGAGCAAGCAGAAAAAAAGCCAGACCCGUCCAAGACAUCUGCAGCGGUCAAAGCCCCAAUAAAGGCCCCUAAAACACAAGCGAAGACUAUCAAGACAGUGGCAGUGACGGCCCCGGGAAACAAGGCGUUACCGGGAAACAAGGCGUUACCGGGAAACAAGGCGUUACCGGGAAACAGAAAAACGUCUGCCGACGGUCGACAGAGGACCGACACGCCGGCCAACACAAGAGCCGAGAAAAGGAAAAAGAUGGGAAUGUAUUCUACCCAGGACGAGCCUGUCCAAGGGCAGAAGACAGCCCCGGCCAGUUCAGCUGUAAUCCCACCAGCCAGCAAGAAGACGAGAUUGACGGAGGAGAAAAGCUCGUCCACUCCAAAGAGCGAGAAGACCACAGAAGAGAGAAAGAAACAGGAGGAGAGUAGAGGGAGGAAGAGGAAAAAGGAUGAGGGAGAGAAGAUAAAGGAAGUUGGUGUUGAAGAGGGAAAGAUUGAAGUCAGUAAGAUGAGGAAGGUGGAAAGUUUAGAAACAGACAAACAAGUAAUCCACAAGGAAGAGGUUAAGGGGGACGAAGAGGAGGAAGAGGAGGGUGGGGUACCAGUGAAGGGGAACGAAGAGGAGGAGGGUGGGGUACCAGUGAAGGGGAACGAAGAGGAGGAGGCUGGGGUAGCAGUGAAGGGGAACGAGGAGGAGGAGGGUGGGGUACCAGUGAAGGGGAACGAGGAGGAGGAGGGUGGGGUACCAGUGAAGGGGAACGAAGAGGAGGGUGGGGUACCAGUGAAGGGGAACGAAGAGGAGGAGACUGGGGUACCAGUGAAGGGGAACGAAGAGGAGGAGGCUGGGGUACCAGUGAAGGAGAACGAGGAGGAGGAGGCUGGGGUACCAGUGAAGGGGAACGAGGAGGAGGAGGCUGGGGUACCAGUGAAGGGGAACGAGGAGGAGGAGGCUGGGUUAGCAGUGAAGGGGAACGAGGAGGAGGAGGCUGGGUUAGCAGUGAAGGGGAACGAGGAGGAGGAGGCUGGGUUAGCAGUGAAGGGGAACGAAAAGGAGGAGGCUGGGUUAGCAGUGAAGGGGAACGAAGAGGAGGAGGCUGGGUUAGCAGUGAAGGGGAACGAAGAGGAGGAGGCUGGGUUAGCAGUGAAGGGGAACGAAGAGGAGGAGGCUGGGGUAGCAGUGAAGGGGAACGAAGAGGAGGAGGCUGGGGUAGCAGUGAAGGAGGAGGCUGGGGUAGCAGUGAAAGGGCACGAAGUGAAGGAGACCGAUACUGUCACAGAGAUCAGUCCUGGUCAGGAUGAAGAGCGUCGGCGGCGUCUGGCGGCCAGGAGAGAGAGUGUCCUGAAGUCUCUACAAGGACUUCUCACUAGAAGGAAGGGCCUGAGAAGACACAGCCUUAAACCUACACGGACACCGAAAAAUGGAGCUGGAGGGAAGAAAGCUGAAGAGAAGAAGAGUAGAAAGACAGGUGGGCAGAAAAGGGACAGAAAAACAGCGAGUAAGACAGCAGGCGGCAAGACAGCAGGCGGCAAGACAGCAGGCGGCAAGACAGCAGGCGGCAAGACAGCAGGCGGCAAGACAGCAGGCGGCAAGACAGCAGGCGGCAAGACAGCAGGCGGCAAGGCAGCAGGCGGCAAGGCAACGGACAGGAAGAAAACAGAUGAGAAGGUGGAAAGUACGAAAACGGAAGUAAAAAAAUUGGAAGGCAAAAAAACUGAAUGUAAGAAACCAGAACAAAAGAUGGAGAAGAAAGUGGAGAGCAAGAAAUCAGCGGAGGCUAAGAAGUCGGACUCGACCCGGGCGGAGGCUAAGAAGUCGGACUCGACCCGGGCGGAGGCUAAGAAGUCGGACUCGACCCGGGCGGAGGCUAAGAAGUCGGACUCGACCCGGGCGGAGGCUAAGAAGUCGGACUCGACCCGGGCGGAGGCUAAGAAGUCGGACUCGAGCCGGGCGGAGGCUAAGAAGUCGGACUCGAGCCGGGCGGAGGCUAAGAAGUCGGACUCGAGCCGGGCGGAGGCUAAGAAGUCGGACUCGAGCCGGGCGGAGGCUAAGAAGUCGGACUCGAGCCGGGCGGAGGCUAAGAAGUCGGACUCGACCCGGGCGGAGGCUAAGAAGUCGGACUCGAGCCGGGCGGAGGCUAAGAAGUCGGACUCGAGCCGGGCGGAGGCUAAGAAGUCGGACUCGAGCCGGGCGGAGGCUAAGAAGUCGGACUCGAGCCGGGCGCAGGCUAAGAAGUCGGACUCGAGCCGGGCGGAGGCUAAGAAGUCGGACUCGAGCCGGGCGGAGGCUAAGAAGUCGGACUCGAGCCGGGCGGAGGCUAAGAAGUCGGACUCGAGCCGGGCGGAGGCUAAGAAGUCGGACUCGAGCCGGGCGGAGGCUAAGAAGUCGGACUCGAGCCGGGCGGAGGCUAAGAAGUCGGACUCGAGCCGGGCGGAGGCUAAGUCGUCGGACUCGAGCCGGGCGGAGGCUAAGUCGUCGGACUCGAGCCGGGCGGAGGCUAAGUCGUCGGACUCGAGCCGGGCGGAGGCUAAGUCGUCGGACUCGAGCCGGGCGGAGGCUAAGUCGUCGGACUCGAGCCGGGCGGAGGCUACGAAGUCCGACUCGACCCGGGCGGAGGCUACGAAGUCCGAAGCCAAGAAACUGGAGACAGAACAGGUAGAGAGACGACAGGAGGAGGAGCCUAAAUCACCUCAGAGAGGUGUACCAGGGGACGGCCAGAAAGCAGACAGCGUGUCUAAGCUACAUGCCACUAAAGAAUCUUUCAGUCUGACAGACUCUACCCUGCACCGAAUACACGGAGACAUACGCAUCUCUCUGAAGACGGACAACCCUGACAUUAGUAAGUGUCUGACAGCGCUGGACCAACUCAGUAUGGUCUAUGUAACAUCACAACACGUCCAGAGACACAGUGAACUCAUCACUACGCUCAGAAAGAUGCGUCGUUUCCGCAGUAACCAGGACGUGAUGGACAAGGCAUCGAUGCUCUACAACCGCUUCAAGAAUGCAUUCCUAUUGGUUAGCGACAAGGAUAACGUCAUCAGCCCCGAGUUCCUCCGCUCGCUCCUGGAGGAGAAAGAGAGGGAGGAGGAGGAGAGGGUGGAGAGAUGGAGGGAGAAACAGAAGAGGAGAGGAGAGGUUCUGCAGGAGGUUCGCAGGAGAAUGAGUCAACUGGAGGAGAGGAGGGGAGGAGAGAAGGGGAUCGUGACUGAGAAGAAGGAAGAGGAGGUGCCAGAGGAGGUGCCAGAGGGUGGGAGCUCCGAACUCCAAUAGCCUCAUCCUGAGCUCCACUGUGAGAAACGGAGCAGGGUGAAGUUGCCCCUAGACUCUGAUCUUGGUGCAGGUUACAAUUUUCGACCACUAAUGGUUGAAGGUUAGUAUUUGGGGAGGGAAACUGAUUCUAGAUGUGUGACAGAACAAUGGAACAUACAGAACAAUGGAACAUACAGAACAAUGGAACAUACCAACUCAGAAUCAGAGGGGGUGAACACGGAACAUACCAGCUGUCCAACUGGGGUUAUGAUGUUUCUUAACCCUCUCUUGUCCAAUCAGAGUAUUUGGACAACCUCCUCACCCAUAUUCAUUGGACGUUUUGCAAUGGAAAAGGACAACGAGUGUUUUUAUUAUUUUCAAUUUUUAUUUUUUAUUGGACAAAUUCAGGGUGUUUAGGUCUUCUAGUGAAUAGGGCUCGGGUGUUUUCCUAAAGACAGACUCACCUGGGGAGUGUGUUAUGUCUCCUCCUUUCCCUGAGGCUGAGAGGAGAGAAGAAGCCCUACUUAUAGGAUGUAGAAACCAGGGAACAGUUCAGUCUACACACGUUUUUACUCUCCUGAUGUUUAUUUUUUUAUAUAUCCACCUUUGUAUGUUCUCUUAAAUACUAUACUUAGUGUGGUUUGUAUAGUUUUUAACGGUGUUGUAUAGACGACGUUCUACUUCGCCUGGAUUCUUACUGAGCUUGUACUCCUGCAGUAAGUAGCCAAGUUGGUUAUUGCUUUAGGCCAGAUGGCUAGUUGCCUAAAGCAGGUCUGGUUGCCUGGUAAUAUUACCCUUCAGGGUAUCUCCUUCAAUAGCCAUCACUGCUCAUGGUUGUAACCCCCCCCCCCCCCCCCCACCCUCAGGGCCAGACAGUAGCACACAAGUUAAGAGUCUGGCUGGUCAUCUGAUUCAGGACAGACGGCAUUAUAUUUGAACCUGGGACAGACGGCAUUAUAUUUGAACCUGGGACAGACGGCAUUAUAUUUGAACCUGGGACAGACGGCAUUAUAUUUGAACCUCUUAUUCAACUGCAGUGACCCUUGUUUUCAUACACACACAGAGACACAGACAGGCAGAGACACAGACAGGCAGAGACACAGACAGGCAGAGACACAGACAGGCAGAGACACAGACAGGCGUUGGUACUGUUCUGUGAAAUGGUUUUAAAGGGGAACACACUUUGGUUUUUGACACUGUGGAGUAGAUUUGUGUUACACUUGACCUUUUUAGAUGUGUUUUACAGUUGUCAUUUUCACUGGUAAAAAAAAAAAAAAUGUUAGUAUUAAUUCAGUUUACACUGUUGGUCAAUAAAGCCGUUCUGUCACGCAAUAAAUGAGCAUUAGUUCAGGUUACACAGUCGGUCAAUAAACCCGUUCUACAUUUAAAAUGAGAUUCCGAUGGUUUCUUGAGUGUUUUAGGGAUGGACACGGUUAUUAGAACGGACGUUUAGUAUCAUAUUACUUGCUAGCUUUUUAUUGUUGUAGAAGGAAAAUAAAUAGGCCUAUGAAAAUAAAGUAUUUGUCUAA